UUUCUUCUUUGCUGAAUUCCAUGGCCGCUCAUCAAACUCCUGUUCCCCUAGCUCCCUCAGUUUCAUGGAAUCUCAACUCAUAACAUUCUAUUCCUCCUUGCAGCCCAGAGCCCAAACAAAGAUUCCUUCAGAACCACACCACACAUGGCCAAGAACAGUACAUCAUCGGAGGAUCCGCGCGGUCGCAUCCAUCUCUCACUCCACAUGUUUCUUUCAACAGGAUCAUAUCCCGAUUCUCGGUUGGGAUACCACGCAUGUCAAGUCGAAGAAUGGGACAGUAGAUUUGAUGGGAGGAGAUGAGGAAGAACCUGAAGAGGUCGAGCUGUCCAAGAGAAAGGGGACUGUUUCGAGUGCUGUUGCCUUGAUCAUCGGGACGAGCAUCGGGUCGGGUAUACUUGCACUUCCCAAGAAGGCUUCCCCUGCUGGAUUGGUCCCAAGUUCCAUAUCAAUGAUCGUAUGCUGGGCAUUCCUUGUGAUUGAAGCCCUCUUGCUCGUUGAGGUUAAUGUGAACCUGAUGAGGAGGAGGAUGAGAAGGAAAGAGCCAGACGAAGAAUUAGAUGUAAUAUCCAUCAGGACAAUGGCUAAGGAGACGCUCGGGGAAUGGGGAGGAACCUUCGCAACAUUAACAUAUGUCUUCUUAGGAUACACUUCGAUGGUCGCUUACUGUUCCAAGUCCGGGGAGAUUCUCUUCCAUCUGAUCAAUCUUCCUGAGCCUCUCUUGAACUUCCUCUUCACAUUGGUAUUCGCCACACUCAUCUCUGUGGGCGGGACCCUGGCCACAGAUCGGGUGAAUCAAUGGCUCACCACUUCCAUGAUAGGUCUGCUGCUAGCAAUAGAGGUUCUGGCUAUGGUGCUUGGAGGAUGGUCUGGGUUUGGGGGCUCCGCUGACUGGGGAAGAGUUCCGUCCACAAUUCCAGUGAUGAUCUUCUCUCUAGUUUAUCACGAUAUAAUGCCUGUGAUCUGUGCACUCUUGGGAGGCGAUCUGAAGAGCAUAAAAAGUUCCAUUCUUAUCGGCAGUGUAAUCCCGCUACUUGCCUUACUUGUCUGGGAUGCCAUCACUCUCAGCCUCUCAAGCCAUUAUUCUGGUUCGGUAUCUGAUCCAGUCGAUUUGCUUUUGAGGGUGAGAUGGGAUGGAGUUCCAUUCAUGGUCGAGGCGUUCUCGCUCCUUGCAGUAGGAACUUCACUGAUAGGCACUCUCCUAGGAUUUUCCGAGUUCUUCAAGGAGCAACUCAAGAAUUAUGUCAUGUCGGAGGCUCCCUUGAAAUGGUCUUCGAAGCACGCCAUAGAACUCUCCGGGCUGAGGAAUUGGUGGGGUAGGAAGAGAAUAGGGCUUAUGUCGAUGGUGAUGGUUGUUGCCCCAUCUUUGUUGGUGAGCAUAACUGUUCCUGACGCAUUUUCUGCUGCCACAGAUAUUGCGGGAGGUUACUGCAUGACAAUGCUGUACGGGAUUCUUCCACCGGCAAUGGCAUGGGCUAUGCAAAGAAGAGAGCUAAAUGAAGAGGCAAUAUCAAGCUCGAGGCCUGCACUCGUCGGAGUUGGACUGUUUGCUUGCGGGAUAGUGAUGGAGCAAUUCCUGCAGGAUAUCUUAUCGUAUUACCGAUAACAUCUAAUGAGAGACAAAACCUGUUCACAGCGCGACACCUUGGAGUCGGAGCUGAUUAGAUUUAGACUCGAGCCUCUUGUCCACCCAAUUCAUUCUCAAUCAACACCAAGAUUUCCGAGACCUGCAGUAUACAUACACAUAUCAGGUCAGCAAAUGUAUUAAACUUGAAAGCUGGAAAAUAUUUUCGGCUGUAGCUCACCUCAAAGUAUUGCUCGAAAACUGUCGAAUGUUGACAAAGUUUCAUGUAUAUCAUCUUGAGUAAA